AUGAUGAUAGCAUUGACAGUUUUAUCUUUUUUAACUCUUCUUCCCUUACAUUUCGCGAAGCCAGCACCGCGGAAAAGCUUUACAGAAAUGUUCAAAUGCAAACUCAAUUUUAUUUCAAUGGAUCAAGCGCAAAAGGCUGUUCAGCUUGGCUGUAGUCAAAUGCAGGUCGCACUACCUACCAGCCUAUUUCCUGCAUCUUUCAUUGAAUCGGAAUUAUUUGAUCUAACAAAUAUUGUGUUGUUUACGUGGCCUGUUUUUCCAUUUGACAAUGUUUUAAGAGAGGAUCAUGGUCGGAAUCGCGUUGUCUUUGAUUCCAGUUGCCGACUCGUCGGUCUCAUCCAUAUCAAGCCUACUGGCCCAGAGCGUUGUCUGCAUCUGAUGGAGGUCGAAGAUCUAAAUAUAGCUCAUGAUUUUGAAGUUUAUAAUACACGGUGGACUAGUCUCCAACUAUACGGAUACAAGUAUGACAACGAAUUUUAUUCGAAGAACUCUGUAGAAGAAUUCGUUAACUCAAAUUUUAAGUCUUUUCGCGGAAUUAAAAAAAAGAAAGAAAUUUUAGAUCUGUACCCGAGCGAGUCAACAAAUUUAGAUUCUAGAUAUUUGGCUUGUACAAUUCUGCCCGAGCCAGGAGUAAUUAAGCUAACAAGAAUGAAGAAAAUUCGCCGUGUGGUUAUUAGUUCUAACAAAAGAAUAAUCGGUAUAUGCCGCAAAAAGGAAAUAAUCUGGAAACCACUCGCCGAACUACGUUACCUUGAUGACUUAUACAGGGCGAAUGUUGUCUUAAAAAGAAAACCUGAAGUAGGGUUUGCAAAAUUACAAAGUAUGAAUUACAAUGGAAUUCACCUGUCGGUUUUCAUGUUAAGAAGUCAUCUAAUUAUGGCUUGCAAUGCAUUAACGAAAAAAAAGAUGGGCAUAGAUUUGGACCUUCGAUAUCCACUAAGGACUAAUAUUGAGGCUAUACCAGACCGGCCGAUGUUGACGUGGCCCUUGCGAAUACCAGAGAAUUCUUUUCACGACGAACGAGAUAUCAGGCUUGUUAUAGACGAGAGAUGCAAUCUCAUGGGCGUGACUUCACAAAAUCCGAAAUCUAGUUUUCCUUAG